CCGUGCAGAAAAUUGUUUGAUGUCGAAAUUCAGUCUCACUUCUUCCCAUUUCUGUCUUUUUGAGUUCAGUCUCAGCUACUUUGGGGAGGGGAGGAGGCUGUCGAAUUAGUGACCGGGUGGUGUGCGCUUCUGGCCAUGAGCUCAAGAAAGUAAUCUCUUGCACAUUCUUUCACCACUUCACCAUGGCUGAUGUCGUGUUUCCACACAGUCUUCUCACCCUGCUGCUCGGACUGUCUCUGCAAGGCCCCUCACCAUCUCUGGGGUAUAACGUCGAUCCUUCUCCAGCAUUCCUGUUCUCAUUGAACCACAGCAAGCAGUUUGGGUAUCAGGUCCUCCAACUUGGAAAAGGCUCUGAAGCAAGGAUCAUUGUGGGAGCUCCUGGGGAGCAGAACUCCACAGGCAAAGUUUACCAAUGUCAUUUGAAGACCAAAGACUGCAAGGACAUUCCGCUCGAGGAGAACUCCCCGGUGCCUCACCUUGGCAUGACCCUGGCAAGCAAUAUGCAGGGGAAUAAGAUGAUUGCAUGUGGGCCAGGCAUUGAACAACACUGUGACAAAAAUCUUUAUGUAAGUGGAAUCUGCUACCUGUUUGACACCAAACUGCACAACCCCAAGAACAUAACCACUGGAUAUCAAAAGUGCCUGAAAGGGAAAGUGGAUCUGGUGUUUCUUUUUGAUGGGUCAGGAAGCAUGAAACCAUCUGACUUCAAGACUAUCAAGGACUUCAUGAUUGACGUCAUGAGUGCAUUGCAGAACAGUUCUGUACAUUUCGCUGCCGUGCAGUUUUCAAACGAUCCCCAACUCGAAUUUGAUUUUAAUGACUAUAUCAGAGAUCCAAAUCCUGAAAGGCUCUUGGCCAAUGUAAAACAUGCCCAGCUCCUAACAAACACCUUCGCAGCCGUCAAAUUUGUUGCAAAUGAAGUCUUCAUUCCCGAACGUGGCAUGCGAAAAGAAGCAAACAAAGUGAUUGUCAUUAUCACGGAUGGGGACGCCACAGACGUGGACAAGGGACAUAUAGAAGCUGUCAAGAAAAAGAACAUUUUCCGCCUCAUCAUUGGGAUUGGUAUCCACCUUCAUACAGCUGAGUCCCAAAAGAAUCUCAAACUGAUUGCCUCAAAACCCACAGAUCAAUUUUUUAAAAUCCUUGCCAGUUUUGAACAGCUUAAAGACAGUUUCAAUGACCUCCAGUCUAAAAUCUUUGCCAUUGAAGGUACCAGUGACAGCAGUUCCUUCCACCUGGAAUUGUCAUCCAGCGGAUUCAGUGCAGAUAUAUCCCAGGAUCGGGUGAUUCUAGGUGCUGUGGGUGCUGACAAUUGGGCUGGGGGCAUUCUAGAACAGCAGAAUGAUUUUGACGGUGAAAGAUUCAUCACAACUCCCUCAGUCCGGAAAGAGAUGGAAGGGGCAUACUUGG